AUGCACCCCGGUACGAAAACUACGAUCAAAGAGAUCGCUGUCUAUGCUUUGGCUUUCGGAUGUUCCUGGUAUGCAGCUCGUAAGCUGCUUUCUUCUUUGGAUCCUUACAGACAAAAACGACAAGAUACUGUCUCAAAGAGUCGCCAGAAAUUGGACAACUGGGCAGAAGAGCAUGUUCGAGAUAUAGAAACGGUUGAAUUGGAUGAGUACGAACAGAUGGUAGCGUCUCAGCUAGUCUUGCCAAGCGAAAUUAAUGUAGCUUUCGACGACAUCGCUGGGAUGGACGAACACGUGAAUCAUUUGUUUCAAGAUGUUCUGUUCCCAUUGAAAUAUCCAGAAGUCUUUAAUACACAUAGUGACCUUUUGUCGUCUCCCAAGGGUCUCCUCUUGUAUGGACCACCGGGUUGCGGUAAAACCAUGUUGGCAAAGGCCUUGGCAAAGCAAAGCAACGCUACAUUCAUCAACGUGAGCGUAGGACUUUUAACGGAUAAAUGGUUCGGAGAGUCUAAUAAGCUUGUGGAUGCAUUAUUUUCUCUUGCUCGAAAGUUAGAACCUUCAAUUAUCUUCAUCGAUGAGAUUGAUACUUUUCUUAGACAACGACAGCGUACUGACCAUGAAGCCAUGGCUCAAAUCAAGGCGGAGUUUAUGUCCAUGUGGGAUGGUCUCUUAACAGGUGAAUCUAGGGUUCUAGUACUUGGUGCCACCAACCGCCCUGGAGACAUUGAUGAUGCGAUUCGUCGCCGAAUGCCAAAGGUUUACUCUAUCCCAUUACCCACAAGUAGUCAACGGAGAAAGAUUUUGGAAUUGUAUCUUAAAAGUGUAAAAUUGGAUGAAACCUUUGACUGGAAUGCUGUUGUCGCUUCAACAGCAGGUUUGUCUGGCUCUUACAUUAAAGAAGCAUGUCGCUCCGCAUUGUCUGUUCCACGACGGGAAUUGUUUGCAACUUUUGGUAAUAAUUUAGACAGAAUUAAAAUAGAAAUCGACGACGGGGGACUGCGGCCCUUGAAAACCGAAGAUUUUGUUGCUCAGGAUUCCUUAGAAGGGUUAUCCAUAGACGUCGAAUAG